AUGGCAGUCAUCACUGAAUUGCUCAACAGUCCCUAUGUUGUACAGAGUGUGUGCAUCGCCCUAGUGGCGGUGUUCAUAACAAGUGUUUGGGCAGACAUAGCAAACGAGAUUCCCCAUAGAGACAUUCCUUUGGUUGGGAAGACGUGGGGGGAUUUUACCAACAAAAAGGCCCGGCAACGCUUUACUCGGUCAUGUCGUGGGCUAAUUGCUGAAGGCUUUGCAAAGGGAGUCAAUGUCUUCCAGAUCAUCGGAGCCACAAGCCCGAUAGUUGUAUUGCACCCGAAGUUUGUCGAUGAAAUCAAGAACAACCCAGAUCUGAGUUUUGAUGACUCCAUCAAAAAGACAUUUUUUGAGAAUCGAAUUGCUGGGUUUGAACCAUUUCAUAAUGGCACUGCUUUAAAAGCUACCGUGGAGAUUGUGCGGACCAGUUUGACCCAGGCUCUUGGGUCCAUUUCACUUCGGCUCUCAAAGGAGUCAAGUUCGAUAUUGAAGGAAUCCUUGCCCCCCACCGAUGAAUGGAAGCCCUACCACCUCGCGCAAAAGGUCCCGUACAUGGUAGCCCGCCUGUCUUCUCUGAUAUUUGUUGGAGAGACCAUCUCCCACGAUGAUGAGUGGAUCGACGUUUCCGUGAACUAUGCCAUCGAUGCGUUUAUGGCUAUGCGCGAUCUACGAGAAUGGCCAUCCAUUCUCCAUCCGGUCGUACACUGGUUCUUGCCCUCUACCCAAAAGCUACGCACGCACUUGGAAAUGGCUCGCUCCAUAAUCAGCCGCGAGAUAGAUAGGCGGGCGUUGAUUCGCGCGGGAAAACUCCCUGCAGAUGAUCCACCUCGUGGACCUGACGCUUUGGACUGGUAUCGCGAGACCGCCGAAGCCCGGAAUAACCUGACAUUUGACCAGUCUUGUGCUCAGGUUGGAUUGGCGCUGGCGGCCAUUCAUACCACGUCGAACUUGUUAACUAACGUCAUGUAUGACCUCGCGGCGUAUCCGGAGUACAUCCAGCCGCUGCGUGAUGAGAUUCGUGCGGUUGCUGCCGAGGAUGAAGUUCUGAAGAAGACUAGUUUGCUCAAGUUGAAGUUGAUGGACAGUGUGAUGAAGGAAUCGCAGCGUACUAACCCACUCUCAUUGACUUCCAUGAACCGCCUCGCCCUUAAGCAGAUUGUGCUCUCCGAUGGGACUGUGAUCCCCAAAGGCGCCAACAUGUUUGUUUCUACGAAAACAUUGGAAGAUGACAGUGUCUACCCUAAUGCUGCCACUUAUGAUGGUUACCGGUUUUACAACAAACGCAAGCAGCCCGGCAACGAACAUAGGCAUCAGUUUGUCGCGACGACAAGCGAGCACUUCGUCUUCGGCCAUGGUGUUCACGCCUGCCCUGGCCGGUUCUUCGCUGCCAAUGAAACCAAAAUUAUGCUUCUUCAUUUGCUCCUGAAGUACGAUUGGAAACUGCAGAGCGGCGGUCGACCUCCGAACAUUGAGAAUGGUGUUGAGUCUAUCACCGACCCACGAGUUCAGGUUCUGUUCCGAUCGCGUGAGUCGGAUGUUGACCUAAGUUUCCUAGGAGAGUAG